AUGAAGAAGUUCAGGCGCAGUGCACAGUCGCAACCAAAGCAUGGCAAACCGGCCUCCAGCGGUGCAUCCAAAGCCCCAGUUGCACCACCAGUCCGCCGCCCAGGAUGGACUGGCCCAAGCUAUCUUCACAAACCCGCCAAAAAGACGCCUACAGCAGUGAAGGAUACUGCUAGCUUAAUGGAACAGAUUCAGAGUCUAUCUGUUCAACAUCAACAACUCAUUCUUGACACAAUCAGGACUACAUUUCCUGCCGUGGACGAGUUCAGUGCUUUGAAACCAGUGUUGCGCGAGAUCAGGGAGGCUCUUGAGCAAAAGGACUAUUGCAAAGCGUUCGGGAGCGAAGAGUUCUUGGAGUCUUAUACGAUUCGCUGGAGUCCGAGUAAGGCUCUGACGAUGGGAAAUGUGUUGGCGUGGAUGUGCAGUGAGAUGAGUGAGGCUGCAUGGGUUCAACAGUUUCUUCGCAAUGAUGGACAGAAUCCUUCCAAAAUUGUGUGCUUUGGGCGAGGAGGAUCUGACUUGUUAGCGUCCGUGGCAUUGCUAAAGCACUCUCAUGAAAGCAAGCUCGACCAACUUCCCCGGCUUGAGUCAUCUGAUCACGACGAGAGCGCUAUGAUUGAUCUCAACCUCAUUGAUAGGCACGAUUGGUCAGGCAUUGUCACGAAACUACAACAUACUCUCACACAUCCUCCUCCUCUUUCCAAAUAUGCAACAGCCAAGGCGCACGCUUCAAAUAUCUCUGCCAUCCCAUCUUGCGCUAUAAAUCUAGCAGUCAACAACAUGGACAUCCUCGAAAGCGACAGUACAACUAUACGUGCGAUGAUUGGGCCGAACCCGGCACUGGUCACAGUCUUCUUCACACUCCACGAAUUUUACUCGAUCUCGAUAUCCAAAACUACAGCGUUCUUAUUGAGGCUGACUGAGACAGCGCCUAAAGGAAGUUUAUUGCUUGUUGUGGAUAGCCCUGGAGCUGAUGUGGUGCUACCUGGGAGCAGCGUCAAAGGAGAGGAAAAGAAAUACCCGCUUGAGUGGCUACUUUACCAAGCUCUCCUACCGCCCAAGAGCGCAGAUUCAGAGGAAGAGGAACAACCAGCUUGGGCGAAACUUGUCGAAGGUGGCCAUGAGAAGGAGUACAAGUUACCUACGGGACUGAGAUAUCCAGGAAGUUUGGAGAAUACCAGGUUCCAGGUGCACCUAUUGCAGCGUUUAUAG